UUUGUGGUCGUUUCUUGUUUACAAUGGGUUGUUAUUGAUAAACCCAAUCUCGUGUAAAUUAUUUUUUUCCUGGAUUUCCAUUGCAGUAUAACCGACGAAUAUACAUUUCUCUUCCGCAAUGGCCACGUACGUUUCACAGUACUCUACAACUGGAUUCUACCGAGCACCGGUAUCAAAAGGGCUGAUGGGAGCUUUGUUCAUCACCUGCACAGCCAUCCAUGUCCCUCUACUGUCUCAUCUACGGCUGUACCUCAUAUGUCAACUGCCAAACACUUUCACGUCUGGCGAGGUGUGGAGGUUGUUUACAUCACAAACAGCCUUUCUCGAAACAAAAGAUUUAAUUUGUGCAGCAUUGCUUAUAUACUACUUCAGAGUGUUCGAAAGACGACUGGGCUCCAAGAAGUUUGCUUCCCACUUGCUUGCCACUAGUCUCAUUUCGCUUGGGCUGCAAGUACCAAUCAUUUUGCUCAUCAGAUCCACAGAAUGGGCCUCAUAUCACCAUGGGCAUCUCCCUCCUGGCCCAUAUGGAUUGAUCUUUCCACUCUUUGUACCGUACCUGUGCGAUAUCCCGAGAAUGACUCGUACACAUAUCCUUGGGAUACCCAUCACAGGAAAAACACUGACAUAUUUAGUAGGUCUGCAAGUGUGCAGCACCUCUUUCCCGACGGCUGUCUCGGCAUUUUGCAGCAUUGCUGCUGGACUGUUGUACAGAUGGAACGUGUUGAGGGUUCAAGACUGGCUGGCCAUACCCGAUUGGCUAGCCCGGAUAACAGACAUGACCUUUGGCCGAUUAUUAUCCUCAUCACCGCCCGCCGACGGGCCAAUGGGUGCCACGUUGGAAAUUCAACGGCAGGAGCAAAUGGAGAGGCUUGAACAUCAAAUGCUGCUCCAACGAUCCCGGGACGGACCUCCUCGUCAGAACACGGGGCAAGGCUACGCCGAGCGUCUCGUCGGUCCCGAAAUGCAGUGGGGCGAGCAAGGUGCCAACGGACACCCACGGCGCCGCCGAGAUUUCCCCAAUAUCUUCAAUCCGAACGAAGUUCGACCAAACGACCCAACACCACCGUCCGAAGAGAACGUGACCUUCUUGACGAGUAUGGGCUUUAGCCGCGACCGUGUCAUGCGAGCCUUACAAACGACUGGAAACAACGUCGAAGCAGCCACCAAUUUACUGUUACAGGAAUAAUAAAUUCGGAGAAAAGAAAUGAGAAAAACAACAACGUCAAAAAUUAAUUAAUUAUUAUUAUUUUUUUUUUCAAGUAAGCGAGAAUAAUCAUCUUACCCCCCACCUCUCUAUUACUUAUUGUGUCGAUGUAAUUCUGUUGUUUGUUUGUUUUCCGAUUCCCAAAUUGUGAGGAUAUCAUUGUUUUUUCUUUUUCAAUUUUUUAUUAUGAUAAAAGAAGAACCAUUUUGUCGUGAUUCGUAAAUUUUUUUGUUUUGUUUUGUGAGUUUUUGAAAACUGUUUGUUUACAGGGUGGUAAAACACAGAAAUAUCAACAUGCAAUUCUUCUCUUUA